GGAGUGCAUAUGUCUCUAUAUAUAUGAGUCUGUUGAGGGAAUUUCGGAGAUAGGCUACAACCAUGGCUCGUCUGGCUGCCCUGUCGUUGCUGACGAUCGUCGGCGUCGCAUUCGGCGCGACGUACAACUACACUGAGGUGAUCUACAAGUCGCUGCUGUUCUAUCAGGCCCAGCGUUCUGGCAAACUGACCGGCAUGGAUCCUCUAGUUUCUUGGCGCAAGGACUCUUGCCUCGACGACAAAGGAAUCUUCGGCGAAGACCUCACGCAAGGCUACUUCGAUGCGGGAGACUAUGUCAAGUUCACGUUCCCCGCGGCGUCAGCGUUCACUGUGCUGUCGUGGGGCGCGAUCGAGUUCGAACAGGGCUACCAGCAGGCAGGCGCCCUGGACGGAGUGCGCGACGCCAUCAAGUGGGGCACCGACUGGCUGCUCAAGGCGCACCCCCAGCCCAACCAGCUGUACCUGCAGGUGGGCAACGGCACCACCGACCACAACUACUGGGGCCGGCCCGAGGACAUCGACUUCCCCAGGCCAGCCUACCUGCUCAACGAGUCCUUCCCAGGGACGGACGCCGCCGGGGAGGCGGCCGCGGCGCUGGCGUCGGCUUCCAUCGUGUUCCAGUCGGUGGACGACGAGUACUCAGCCACUCUGCUCAACGCCGCCAUCGAGCUGCUCAACUUCGCCGACACCUACAGGGCGCUCUGCACCGACUCCAUCCCAGAUAUGGCUGAGUUUUACACGUCAUCCGGCUACACAGAUGAGCUGGUGUGGGGCUACGUUUGGGUGUACAAAGCAACUGGGGACGAAUCGUACCUGCAAAGGGCCCUAGAGCUCUUCGAAGAGUUCCAGCUGCAGUACAUCUCCAGUAACCUCAGCUACGACCAGAAGACGAUGGGCAUUGUGGCGCUCCUGGCGGACAUAACCGGUGACGAGCAGUUCAUCACUCUGCUGACUAACCACUGCACGUACAUGGUGCACCAGCAGCAGCGGACUCCCCUGAGACUACUCUACCUCUCCGACUGGGGGAAUCUCCGGCUAGCAGCCAACGUCGCUUUGACCUGUCUCAAGGCAGCUGCACUGGGCAUCAACACGGAGGAGAACCAGGCGCUGGCCAAGGAGCAGAUCGGCUACAUCCUGGGGGACACGGGUCGCAGCUAUCUGGUCGGCUUCGGCGAGAACCCGCCGCUCAGGGCGCACCACCGCGCCGCGUCGUGCCCCGACGCGCCCGCGACGUGCGACUGGACGCAGUUUAGCACGCCGGAUCCCAACCCGCAAGUGCUCUAUGGCGGUCUGGUUGGUGGGCCGGAUGCCUACGACGCCUACUACGACAACCGCACCGACUACCAGCACAACGAGGUCGCGCUCGACUUCAACGCCGGAUUCCAGGGGGUCGUGGCGGCUCUCGUACAACUUGGACUCUGAACCAUUCCCUUCCACAGGUGUCCCGCAAUAAACUAAAACGCAAAGUGCA